UUUUUCUUCACCGUGUUUUGAUCGGUGGAAAUUAGGGAUUUCUGUAAAAUUGUAAUGUCAUUUUGAGUAAAUCAUGAGCAAGCCCGAAGAAAUUCCCGACCCGAAUCCGGCCACAACCGAUCCAAAUCCACCGUCUCGAUCUUCUUCCGACAACGAUCCCGUCGCCGAUCGGGAUCCGUCUGAUCUCAAUCACGUUUCCGAGGAGCUAAGUGAUCAUCUCAGAAAUGUGGGUUUGGAAGAAGCUACGAAAGAUCUGAGUGUGCCGAUUAGUGCCUCUGAAGGCAAUAGAGAAACAGAUUCGUGGGCGUUGGGCAGCGAGAAGAAGAAUAAGGAGGAGGAAGAGGAGGAGGAGGAAGAAGCAGAAGCAAGAGAUGGGAGCGAGCGUGAGAAGAGAAUGAUCGCGUAUCCAGUGAGACCUGAUGCAGAGGAUUGUUCGUUUUAUAUGAGAACAGGAAGCUGCAAAUACGGUUCGAGUUGCAAGUUCAACCACCCUGUUCGAAGGAAAUUCCCAAUUGGUAGGGAGAAGGUACGGGAAAGGGAAGAGGAUGUGGAGAAUCCCAGGCUGAUGGAGUGCAAGUACUACUUCAGGACUGGAGGGUGCAAAUAUGGAGAGUCCUGUAGAUUCAGCCACACUAAAGAGCAGACUUCUUUGACCUCUCGACCAGAGCUUAACUUCCUUGGCCUUCCUAUCAGACCGGGAGAGAAAGAAUGCCCUUUCUACAUGCGAAAUGGCUCCUGCAAGUUUGGAGGUGACUGCAAAUUUAACCAUCCUGAUCCUACGGCCAUUGGAGGAGUUGAUUCUCCCUUGUUCCGUGGUAACAAUGGUGGAUCCGUUGGAUCAUUUUCCCCAAAGGAUGCGUCCCAAGCAAGUUCCACUUCUUGGUCUUCAUCGAAACACAUGAAUGGUACUGGUACUGCUCCUUUUAUUCCAGUUAUGUACUCACAGAAUCGUGGAGUUUCACCUCAAAAUUCGGAGUGGAAUGGGUAUCAGGCGCAUUCUGUCUAUUCAUCAGAAAGGAGUGGGCUUCCUCCUUCCACAUACCAGGUGAACAAUUCAUUGGCUGAAACUAGUUCAUUCUCACAAUACCAACAGCAGAUGCCUGUUGAGGAGUUCCCUGAACGUCCGGAUCAACCAGAGUGCAGUUAUUAUGUUAAAACCGGGGACUGUAAGUUCAAAUAUAAAUGCAAAUACCAUCAUCCGAAAAAUAGAUUGCCGAAGCAAGCUCCAUCCUCUUUUAAUGACAAGGGCUUACCCCUAAGACCUGAUCAAAACAUGUGCACACACUACAGCCGGUAUGGCAUCUGCAAAUUUGGUCCAGCUUGUAGAUUCGAUCAUUCAAUACCGCCUACAUUCUCGUCCAGCAUCUCCCAAACCGUAGAAGCUCCUCAAGUCGGCGACAACAGAAAUGACAAUGACAGCUGGAAUUGACAGCAUAUGUUCAUAACUUAUGAAUCAUAAGCCUGCUUUAAAGGGAUACUUUUUUUUCUUUACCAUCAAAAGCCUCUCGGUUCUUAGGAUCAAACUCUGUUUCUGGUUUCGGAGUUUAUGAAAAACAAUUAGGUAAAGUAUAGUGUCUCUAAACUAUAUCUAUCUGGCAAGUCAAUGCCUGUUACACAAAAUUGUCACCAAUUAAUUUUUGUUCCGGGUUUAACUGUAACUAAUUUACUCUCUCACUCUACGGUUCAGUCUAAUGGAAGCCUACCCUCUCUUCUG